GUGUGUGUGCAGGAGAGGAGUCGAGCAGAGAGAGCUGCUUUUUCAUGAAACGGGAGUAAAGUAGUGAACUUACAGGAACAUAUACCACUACCAACGUUUGGAUCGAUAUCUGCAUCGAUCUGCACACCCUUGUCUCCUGGAUUGUAGCUGAGAUCAGCGUGAACCACGUGGGUCUCUGCUCCCUGAUCUGUUUGGAAAGACUUCCAGCUUCAUCACGGAGUUUCUCUCGGCUUGUGGGCUCAUCUAAAGGAAUAAAAUACAAAUAUAUACUUUCUGAGUCUCAACUGAGUAACAGGAGGAGAAAAGUCUGGUGGAGCAGCAGAGGAACAAUUUCAGCCAUUUGGACUCAGCUCAGCCACUACAGAGGAAACAAUGACUUCAACACAAAAGGACCAACAUGGAGCGAGAAGUCAGCGCUCUCAGGAGGCCGACAAACCUCACACAAGAAAGGGAGAGAAAACCUACAGCUGUGAUGAGUGUGGAAAGUCUUUUACCCAGGCUGGAAGCUUUAAAAUACACCAACUCAUCCACAGUAGAGUUAAAGGUUACAGCUGUGAAUUGUGUGGAAAGUCUUUUACCCAGGCUGGAAGCUUAAAAAUACACCAACUCAUCCACGGUGGAGUUAAGCCUUACAGCUGUGAUGAGUGUGGAAAGUCUUUUACCCAGGCUGGAGACUUAAAAACUCACCAACUCAUCCACAGUGCAGUUAAACCUUACAGCUGUGACCUGUGUGGAAAGUCUUUUACCCAGGCUGGAAACUUAAAAACUCACCAACUCAUCCACAGUGCAGUUAAACCUUACAGCUGUGACUUGUGUGGAAAGUCUUUUACCCAGGCUGGAAACUUAAAAACACACCAACUGAUCCACAGUGGAGUUAAACCGUACAGCUGUGACUUGUGUGGAAAGUCUUUUACCCAGACUAGAGACUUAAAAAGACAUCAACUCAUCCACAGUGGAGUUAAACCUUACAGCUGUGAGUUUUGUGGAAAGUCUUUUACCCAGGCUGGAAGCUUAAACACUCACCAACUCAUCCACAGUGGAGUUAAAGCUUACAGCUGUGAGUUGUGUGGAAAGUCUUUUACCCAGGCUCAAAGCCUAAAAACACACCAAGUGUUACACAGUGGAGUUAAACCUUACAGCUGUGGGUUGUGUGGGAAGGAUUUUACCCAGGCUGCACACUUAAAAUCUCACCAAUACAUCCACAGUGGAGUUAAACCUUACAGCUGUGAGUUGUGUGGAAAGUCUUUUACCGAGGCUGGAAGCUUAAAAAAACACCAACACAUCCACAGUGGAGUUAAACCUUACAACUGUGACCUGUGUGGAAAGUCUUUUACCCAUGCUCAAAGCCUAAAAAUUCACCAACUCAUCCACAGUGGAGUUAAAGCUUACAGCUGUGAGUUGUGUGGAAAGUCUUUUACCCUGGCUGCAGACUUGAAAAGACACCAACUCAUCCACAGUGGAGUUAAACCUUACAACUGUGACUUGUGUGGAAAGUCUUUUUCCCAGGCUAGCGGCUUAAAAACUCACCAACUCAUCCACAGUGGAGUUAAACCUUACAGCUGUGACUUGUGUGGAAAGUCUUUUCAAUAUCCAUAUCAGCUGAAAAAACACCAACAGAUCCACACCUGAAAGUAACUACAGGUGCAGUUACUGUGAGAAGUGGAGCAAAGCACAUGGAUCCAGUUCUCAACCCUGUCGUCACUGUGGUGGUGGGAAAGAGUUUCUCUGUGACCUUUGUGGAAAAACUUCAUUCAUCAACGGGACCUAAAACCACAUCAACAUAGACACACUGGAGACAAAAUGAACUACUGCAAAGAAUGUGGGAGAGACUUCCACACACCAAGUACAUUAAAAAUACAUGAACUCUUCCACAGUGGGGUCAAAAAGCACAUCUGUGACCAGUGUGGGUCAUCCUUCACCACUGCACAUGAGCUCAAUGAAAAAGCAUAAGCGAAUCCACACAUGAGAGACACCAUACAAGUGCAAACACUGUGACAGAAGCUUCUCACAAUCAGGUCAUCGUAACAAACAUGAACGUACACACAUGGAAGUGAACGUUACAUUUAGGAAGCUGCAUGUAUCGAUAUGUAUAUAAAGUUUUUUUUUUUUUCCUUUUAGGGAUUUUAAUUCUCUAAAAUGUUAUCCCUGUUACAUUUUAUUCUUUGUUCCCUUAGGACACAGUAGUGUUUAGUAGUUGAAUUCAUGUUAUGUGUUACC